AUGUCUACUGGCCCACCACGUGAAACUAAAAAAUUAAUGGAACGCAGUGAACGGAAAACAUUCGUAUUUGGUUCAUCGACGCCUCGUGACUUGUCUUAUAUGCGUCAUAUGCCUGCAACGUUACGUACUUAUGACUGCAAAGUAAAACCCACGUCCCGACCUAAAACUGAUACUAUAUCACACUACAUGCGGCAAGCGCGUUCCGUAACUCGGACUCAGUCAGGAAGUCGGGAAGGUUCAGGCGAUCGAUUCACACGUACGAGUUUUGCUUUUGGUUCUUCAACACCACGUCUUCUAUCACAGAUGUAUGCAAUAACAAAUCACAAUUAUAGUGAUUCCAAAAUCAAUCCAAAAGUUGGACGACGAUCACAUACAACUCCCUCCUUGCCAAUAACAAGAUCGAAAACAAUGCCUGCACCUGUGAAAGUCGGAGAGAAACGAAUAACGAAAGUGAUCACUCGUAAAGAAGGACAAGAAAAUAUUGACAACAAGAAAUCUGAUUCACCUCAGAUUAAUAAGCAGAGAGGAUCAAGUGGAAACUUGACAGUAGAAAAGUCAGAAGCAAAAAAUGAAAAAACUCCGAAGAACGAAACGACGGAUAAGAAAUCCGCAAAAGAAAGCAAUACAAAAAAUGAAGCCCUUCAUAAGCCGAAAACAUUAGAAUUGACAGAAUUUAGUAACAGAAAAGCUAUAUUGAAAAGUAGCACAGAAGAAGAUGAAGCAAAACUGUUUCCUAUUUCUGUAGCUAUUGCAGAUACCAUUCCACAAGUUGCUGAAAAUGAUGAUAUGAUAAAGAUAGCACAAGUGGAAAUAGCACCAGGAGGCGAUACGAUUCAAAAAAUAACUGAGGAAGGGAAUACAAGAGAAGAAAUCGAAAGAGAAUCAGAAUCGCAUGAUGCAAGCAAUUUCGGAAAUGAAUACAGUGCUGAAGAGAAGAAUGAAUUGAAGGAAGUAAAGGGCAUGCAGUCUGAAGAUAAGAAUUCAUCGGUUAUGACAGAAGUGCAAAAUUUUGCAAGUAGUAAUACAGAUUGCACAUUUGCUGUGAAGUCAUCAGUUAUUUCACCUGUUCACGAAGAGCUUAAAAUUAGUAAACUGUCACAAAGUUGCAUCGAAAAUGGAAGCUUAUCUGAUGAUAAGAACAACGUUGUGAAGGAUUCUAGUCAAGUAAUGAAAGAUAGUGAAGGAAGUAUCAAAUUUGUGAAGAAUGAAGAAGUAAAUUUAGAACUGAAUGAGCAAGGAUCAACCAAGUCGGUAUCAAAAAGCUUACAAUAUCUGACAGAAAACAAUUAUACAGCAGCAAAUCAAACAGAUGAGCUCAAUGAACAACAUCAGAGAGUCAACAAUUAUCGUUAUAAAUAUUAUGAAGAUUCUGAAAUGUCACAACAAGACAGCAACGAAAUGCAUCAGUUGGAGAAUGAAACUGACGAAUGCAAGCAGAGGAACGAUCGUAAUGAAAAAUCAACAAAGUAA